CUUGAGUAGACGUCGUUUCACGAGGAAGACGCUCAUUCCAAGAAGAGAUCAAACCAAACCCAGGUCCGCGCGCCCCUCAUACACCACGGUGGUGUGAUGACUUUCCCAAAGAGGGCACAAGUCUGAAGCUGACAUGAUCAAUGAGCGAAUGAGCUGUUCCGUGUGACUUCACCUGUCGGAGGGGCGCGAGGGGAGGAGAGAACAGGAUCCCCCGAGGCACACACACGAGCAGCGUGUAUUUGGUGCCAUACUGGUUGAGAGCAUUCACAUAAGGAACAACUAGUGGGGAACUGACAGGCGGAAAGAUUAAUGCUCUCCUUUUACGCUCGUAUAACACUAAGCGUCAUGGAAGCACCUGGUGGCUGAAUGUGGAUGCGCUCGGGUUAAAUCUAACGGAGUUUCUGGAGAUUUCUUAACGAACUGGGUGUGCACUGUGCUCGUUGUUACUCUGGUCUACACUCGAUACUUUCUUUAUCAAGUCAUGUCUUAUACAGAGCGAUGGGCAAGUUUGACGACAACGAGAGGAUAAUCCUCAACGUUGGGGGAACCAGGCACGAAACGUACAAGACAACCCUAAAGACCCUACCGGGGACACGGCUGGCCCUUCUCGCCUCCGAUUCUGACAUCGAGUCCGUUUUGGAUCAGCUGCAACAAGUCCCCGGCUUCAUUGAGUACAACGCAAGGACCAACGAAUACUUUUUCGACCGCCACCCUGGGGUUUUCGCCUAUGUGCUCAACUAUUAUCGAACCGGGAAACUUCACUGCCCAGCAGAUGUCUGUGGUCCGUUGUUCGAGGAAGAGUUGUCCUUCUGGGGCAUCGAUGAGACGGACGUGGAGCCUUGCUGCUGGAUGUCAUAUCGGCAGCACAGGGACGCAGAGGAGGCGCUCGACGUGUUUGAGUUAAAUGUUGAUACUGGAGAUGACGAUGAAGAGAUAGGGAAAAGACUCGGAAUUGAGGACGUGGUCGCGGACGGUAAUAUCAGCCGCUGGAAAAAGUGGCAACCGGUGAUUUGGAAUCUAUUCGAGGAUCCCUAUUCUUCCAGAGCGGCAAGGUUCGUAGCCUUUGCCUCCUUGUUCUUCAUCCUGGUCUCCAUCACCACCUUCUGCCUGGAGACCCACGAGGCGUUCAACACCAUCGUCAACAAGACGGACCCCGUGCGCAACGAAAGCCUUCCAGACCCGGGCCCGCAGUUCGAGAUCGAGACGGACCCCGCGCUCACCUACGUGGAGGGAGUGUGCGUCCUCUGGUUCACCAUCGAGUUCCUGGUCCGGGUCAUCUUCAGCCCGGACAAGCUGGAGUUCAUCAAGAGCGUGCUGAACAUCAUCGACUUUGUGGCCAUCUUGCCGUUCUACCUUGAGGUGGGGCUGAGCGGCCUGUCGUCCAAGGCUGCUAAAGACGUGCUGGGCUUCCUGAGGGUGGUCCGGUUCGUCCGGAUCCUGCGCAUCUUCAAGCUGACCCGCCACUUUGUGGGUCUCCGCGUGCUGGGCCACACGCUGCGGGCCAGCACCAACGAGUUCCUCCUCCUCAUCAUCUUCCUCGCCCUGGGCGUGCUCAUCUUCGCCACCAUGAUCUACUACGCCGAGCGCAUCGGCGCCAACCCCAACGACCCCACCGCCAGCGACCACACCAUGUUCAAGAACAUCCCCAUCGGGUUCUGGUGGGCGGUGGUCACCAUGACGACGCUGGGCUACGGAGACAUGUACCCGCAGACUUGGUCGGGCAUGCUGGUGGGCGCCCUGUGUGCCCUGGCGGGGGUGCUGACGAUAGCCAUGCCCGUGCCCGUCAUUGUUAAUAACUUUGGGAUGUACUACUCCCUGGCCAUGGCCAAGCAGAAGCUCCCCAAGAAGAGGAAGAAGCACAUCCCCCAGGCUGUGCAGGGGGGCUCCCCCAUCUACUGCAAGGCCGACCUGAACCCCCCCUGCCUGAACACCACCUGCAACAGCACGCAGGGCGACCUCUGCCACGUGAAGGGGAGCAGGGUCCUGGAGCGCCAUCGUUCAGUGCUCUCAGCAGACUGCAGUGGAGGAAGUGACCUCACCAUGACCCCAGAGGAGCGUGUCCCCAUGCGUCGGUCCAGCACCCGGGAGCAGGACCAGAGGAGCGAGGGGACCUGUUUCCUGCUGGCCGCCAGUGACUACACCUGCCCUGCCGAUGGGGGGAUACGCAAGACAGGCUAUGAGAAAUCCCGAAGCUUAAGCAACAUAGCAGGCAUGGCCGCUAACGCUCUGAGGCUGUCUCCCGUCACCUCGCCCUACGGCUCGCCCUGCCCGCUCAGACGCUCCCGAUCCCCCAUCCCCUCCAUCCUGUGAGGCCCCGGCGGCCUCCACCUCCACCCCCAACCCCCCCACACCCACAUACACCCACAACAAGCCAUUGAUAAGUAACAACAUCGCUCAGUCAUGUAGACUUUGUAAAUGCUGUCGCCUUUGAUCAGACACUAUCAGGGCUGGUGUUAAUGGCUCAUGUUAUCCCCAUCCCCUAAUGGACUAUUGAUGCUGUAGAUGUUGACUACCUUAGUUUAGCUUGCCCUACGUCACUUUGAAAUUACGAUGAGUUCAAUAUUAUUGUAUAUUAAUGGCAAUAAGGGACUUUUUAGCGGUUGCCUGAAAAGUAGCUGUCACAACAUUUCAUGAUGGAGACUUAUAGGAUCAGGGAAAUUAUAUGUUGCUAUGUUUCUAUAUUUUGAAGAAAAAAAGUGCUUCCAAAAAAGAAAAAAUUAUGUUGCUUCAUUUUAAUCUCACAUGACUGUUAUUGUGUCUGCUUGUUGUCAUUUUCUUUGGGUUGGGAGUUAUGGGAGAUGUGUGUAUAGGACUUUGUGUUGAUUCACUCACGCACGCACGCCCCCUCGCCCACCCCCCUGUCACUCUCACCUUCCACUAGGCCUAGUCAUGCUUGCAUGGACCAUCCUGUCAUCGUCUGCAAGCAAUGUGGUGGGAGAGACAGACAGAAAACCGGAAAGAAGCGAAGAUCAAAACUGAGGGUCUGGGAAUGUGCCUCGGAUCUGACCUGCUGUGUGUCUGCAUCGUGCUUUUGGCUUUGUCUCCACUGGCGGAACUGAACACACAAGAAAACAAACAUUAUUGUUAUUUUUGUUAUUCACUUUGCAUGUGGGUUACGCUCGUCUUCUGUUAAUUUCAACUGUGUUUGGUCGACUUUUGCCUUGUUGCCAAGCUGAAGUGUGUCCGAUUGUUUACUCACAGAUAACUGCAAAGAGGUUGUCUUUACUGGUUUCACUCAAGCAGAGAACAGCGUUCUGUCUUAAUGACGGAGGGAUAAAGGCAUCUCCGCUAAGGUAAAAUUGUUGUCCUAGUGGCAUGAAGGUUCAGACCACAAUGUAGAUCUACAGUGUGCUAGAUCUGUGCUUCUGGUGUUCAGCAAGAGGGGUAAUUCAAUAAUUGAAACCAUAAACAUUUGGAUUUCCUGAGGAUCUCAUGACCUUUGACGUGAAUAUGUUCUCUUUCUCGCUCUCUCUCUACCUCUCUUUCUCUUGUUUUCUCUCUUUUGUUCACUCUCUCUACCUCUCCUUCUCUAUCUUUUGUUUGCUCUCCUUCUCUCCCUUUCUCUGUCUCCAUACUUCUCUCUCUCUAUCUAUCUCUCCCUCUUUACAAAGCCCUAACCAAGAACCAUACUUUGUGUUAGACCUCUGUUCUCUGACAGACAGCAGGAAUGUCCUUGAUGCAUUGCCCAUGUCACUAAAUCUUCCUCACACUCGACCGGUAUCCUCUUUACACACACACACAAAAAGAAAUUCAUAACAUAUGAUUCAUUAUUGUUUAUUAAUUGAUUGAUUCAUUAUUGACAUUUUACGCCAUAAAUAAAUUGUUGCCAAUGUAACAACAGGUGCGAGGCUGAGGCGAGGCUGAAGACCCAAUCUUAUGUCUAUACCAGUAGCAGUAAGGUUGCUAAGCAACUGGCUCAUCAUCAUGUGCAUCUUACGCUUUAACACAAACUGUCUCCAAAUUAAACACAAGCCUCAGCUAACAGUCUCUCCAGACUGUAUGUAUGGGAAUAAAUUAUUGAAUCACCCCUUGCUCCCCAAUUAUGGCAAUACUAAGCAUUUGAGAGUUUACAAUUAAGUCUAUACAUUCAUAGAAUGUGAUAGAUCUGUGUACAGUUCAAUCCAUGUUUACAUUAUGUUAACUGUAAGUGAGAAGGGGGCAAAUGUAAAUACAUAGAUUUGAAUUAACGUCAGUCUGCAUGUUAGCGUACUCAGCUGUAUUCUAUAGAGGCAGAUGCAUUUCUGAUAUUUAGAGAUGUGACCUGUUUAUAUUUUGUUCAGACUUUUCAUAUGUGAAUGACGGUGGGAUAGAGCUAUCAUCGGCAGUGGAUUAUGACUCGCUAUGGGUGUGGAUCCCCCAUUCAGACAAUGAAGCGUUACCGUGGACACGGCCCAAUGGAACACUCAGCCAGGAGAUGGAGGCCUGAUUGACAGCCUCAGGUCCACGAUCACUCUGAGAGGAACUGUCCGAGACUUAAAACAAAGAAAGUUCUUGGAAUCAUAGGAUUACAGUACUGGAAAAACUCUGCGACUAUUCUGAUUCCACUGCGAACACUGACUACUUCUUGACAUGAGGGGGGAGGGGGAAACAAUUCAAAGUAAAAAAAAAUCUGAACAAUAAAAGGACAACUCCUAAAGCGAGGCUAGCUACGGUAUAUGUAUAGACAUGUUGUAUUUGUAAAUAGGACACAGCACAGCACACCUGGGCCAAGGAGCUCCUCCCCUCACCUGUCCUUUGAUGGUGAGUCAGGUAACGAGGCAGGUGGCAGAGAAGAUCCACGAACUGUCAUGUUAAUCACUCAAUUUACCGUGGUGUUUCCCAUCGCAAUAAAUGUUUUAAGACGUAUCAGUUGAGGCACUUUGUGUUCUAAAAAUGGAGUGUAUUCAUAUAUGAACUAUUACAUAUAUACAGUGUAGAGAGACUAAUGUGCUAAGUUGAAUAAAUGUUCCAUACGGCCAUCACUGCUUUGGUUUCCCUUGGUAGUUUUCAGUGGGUUCAUUGCUCUGGUGUGUGUUUUACAAAUGUGUGUAUUUUAGAAUACGAAACUAUAGACCUAUAACAAGCAAUUGGUAGGCCAAGUAAAGUAAGACCUACUUAUGAAAUAUUUACUUCCCUCGUAUAACCAGCUUGAAACAAUUAUAACACGUUGGAAAAAAUUAUAACGAUUAUUCUAUUGAGAUAUGUUACCCUGGACUUAUGAACACCAUCCCCAAAAAGUAGAUAAGAUUUGCAAUAAAAAUCCAAAUCCGAAUGCACCGAUUCACACUGUGAUUUUAGUAACCGAAAAUGAGGACACGUUAGUCUAUAAAAAGAAAUUCAAAGCAAAGGAAUCAUCCCCUCAUUGGCUGAAUGAGGAUUGAUUUGUGACUCUACCAAUCGAAAGACUAGGAUGUUCAACAGUCAUUGGCUGUGAAGUUUCCUUCCCUUAGCCCCAGUCCUAUCUUUGUAACAGUACACUGCUGCUCUGACCUAACAAUGAGGUCACUACUCAUUAUGUAUUCUAUGACAAAGUUGUAAUUCUAAAGAUGUUUAUCCUUUGAAUUCAGAACAUGUAUUUUUGUGUCUCUUGUAGAGUACAUUUCUUGGUUACUUGUACAAGUCAUGGUAGUCCAAUGCUGUGCUUCUCCAUAUCCUCCACAACUGUCAAGGUUUAUUGAUCCAGGUUCAUGUUUUGUAUGUUUUAAAUGUGAGGACAAUUCUAGUUUGAAGUCUGUAUUCGUGGAGCCAUCUGUUGGCAUUCUGAAGUGCAUGCUAAAAAACCAUAUUGUCAAAUUGUAAAAAAGGACAACAUAUAUCACGUUGAAACAAUGUGGAUAGAGUAAACGUACAUGCUAUGUGAGAAGAUCACAUAAACAUAUUUAUCUUUUAA